GAUUCUCUCUCUCUCUACAUUCUCACACUACGUUGAUUCUCUCUCUCUCUGUCUCUCUCUCUCUCUCUCUCUCUCUCUCUCUCUCUCUCUCUCUCUACAUUUCUCACACUACGUUAAUGGAAAUAUGCUGACGAUGUCUUCAUUUUCCAAAAAAGUGGCAGAUCUAGGGUUAAGAUUUGCUGAAUUAUAGGGAAUCCCUUUCAUUAUUAUAUUACCAUGUCUCAUUUCAAUUUUUAACGGGCAUGCCUUUUGCAGUUGAGCGCUCUCUCGUUGCACAGUUCGGAUUCAUUUUCAGAUUGCGAGGAAGGGAUUGGAGAGGCGGGGGGAAUUAGAUUAACAGUGAAGAUGAGUGAGGGCCAGCGGUUUCAGCUGGGGACAAUUGGGGCACUGAGUUUAUCCGUGGUUUCGUCCGUGUCGAUCGUGAUUUGCAACAAGGCGCUUAUUAGCACCCUUGGUUUCACUUUUGCUACAACUUUGACGAGCUGGCAUCUUCUAGUCACAUUUAUUUCGCUUCAUGCGGCUUUAUGGAUGAAAUUGUUUGAGCACAAGCCUUUUGAUCCAAGAGCUGUGAUGGGCUUUGGCAUCCUUAAUGGGACUUCCAUUGGACUUCUCAAUCUUAGCUUGGGUUUCAACUCUGUUGGUUUCUAUCAGAUGACAAAACUGGCAAUUAUUCCCUUUACGGUUCUUUUGGAGACUAUUUUCUUCAGGAAGAAAUUCAGUCGGAAUAUCCAGCUUUCACUUGGUGUCCUACUUUUGGGUGUCGGGAUUGCAACAGUGACUGAUCUGCAGUUAAAUGUUCUUGGAUCUGUCUUAUCUCUGCUCGCAGUAGUUACAACCUGUGUUGCCCAGAUUAUGACCAAUACCAUACAGAAGAAGUUCAAAGUUUCUUCAACCCAACUCCUCUACCAAUCUUGUCCCUAUCAGGCAAUCACUUUGUUCAUCACUGGACCUUUUGUAGAUUGGCUUUUGACAAAUCAGAAUGUAUUUGCUUUCAAAUAUACCCCUCAAGUGCUGGCCUUCAUUGUUCUAUCCUGCAUGAUAUCAGUCUCCGUGAACUUCAGUACGUUUUUGGUAAUAGGAAAGACAUCUCCAGUUACCUAUCAGGUCUUAGGACAUCUUAAAACGUGCCUGGUUUUGGGCUUUGGCUAUGUUCUACUGAGCAACCCAUUUAGCUGGCGAAACCUUCUAGGAAUCCUCAUUGCUGUUGUUGGGAUGGUAAUCUAUUCUUAUUGCUGUACUCUUGAGAGCCAGCAAAAAGCCAGUGAAGCAUCAGCCCAACUGUCCCAGGUAAAGGAAAGUGAAUCCGAUCCGCUAAUGAGCGUGGAAAAUGGAGCGAGCAUCUUAAGUGACGGUGUUGUUACGAAAGCCCCUGUGUGGAGUUCGAACAAGGACCUGGAAGCGUGAACCUUACUGAUAUCUUUAUUAAAUCAAUACGCUAGUUCUAAACUUGUAGACUAAAUUGUUUGGGCGAUGAAGAUGUCGCUGCUAGGAUCUCGAUGUAAUAUUGCGUAGCACAUAAGUGGCACUUUUCGACGGGAUGAUUGAGUCUGUUCUAGAGGUUGGCAGAGUUAAAAGGAAAUGCAGUAUGUAGUAGCAGUUUUGGCUGUUAGUUUUGCAAGAGUUGGGUGUGCCAAGAGAAAUGGGAUUGCAAUGUUGUCACCCUUAAACUGCUUGAUUUUUUCCCCGGAAGAGUUCAUCACAUUAACUCUUUGGUAUGUUGAGAUUGUCCUUCCUUUCAAGGAAGUGCACGAGAAA